AUGUCACGAUUAGCGAGCCCGCAGAUCAUUGCGAACAUUACGCCUGAAGAGAAGGAGCGGCUGUUUCGUGAGACCAGACAGCCUAUGGCCCUGGGGGUCCUGUUUUCCUUCUAUGCGUUGUCAGCCAUCUUCGUGUCAACUAGAAUCUGGAUCCGUCUGCAGAGACUUACGUUGGACGACUGGCUGAUUGCUGUGAGCAUGAUGAACUUUGUUGCGGUCACCUUAUGGGUCUUCUCAAUCACGGGAACAAAGAUGUCCAUCCUGGUGCAGUAUCUUCGACUCUUCCCGACACGCAAGACUGCUUUCUUAAUCUGGACGCUGAUGGCUUUCGUGGUCGCUGGCGGCAUUGUCACCUUUACAGUCGUCAUGACUGCAUGCUUUCCUCUCGAAGCGGUUUGGGAUACGGCACUGCGUGAAAGCGAGCACACGAAAUGUCUCAAUCAAAGGCUGUACGCUACAAUUCCUGUUGCCGCACAGUCCGCCUACGAGGCCGCAACUUGCUGGAUCAUGCUCGGUAUUUUGGUCCCAUCGUUGUGGAGGCUACAAUUCCCUAUCACCAAGCGCAUCGGCGCCAUUGUCCUGCUCGGUCUCAGUUCAUCGUCGUGCAUAGCUAGUAUCCUUCGCCUGAAAAGUGCGUUCGACGCAAUACCAAAAUCGGCGGAUGUCAUACAUGACUUUACCUGGACUGGAAUCAUGUCGACUGUCUUCGCCGCUGCCGAGUUGCAGACAGCGAUCAUCUGGUGCGUGUUGUUCCUUGCCAGCGCUCAUGCCUCUGCGCUUCAAACUGUGUCCUUGGUGGUUUCGCUCGAGGGGAUCAUCAGGGUCACCCGUCGAUAUCCAGCGACCGGCACCAAGAGACCUGAACGACCAGCGAUACAGCUUGUUCUGCCUACACCUUUGAUGACCGAACUCACAAAUCCUGGGCUUGGAUGGUCGUUUCAGAGUGGCAGCUCGGCAAGUGGCAGCACAGGACUCAGCGCUUCCGCGUCAUCCACGAACAGUGCUUCGAAUAUGCCAAACUCUCAUCCUGCUGACUCGCGACCGCCGUUUCACACGAUACAUGAAGAUGAAGAGGCACCACACAUAAUCAAGACAAGCGAAGCAUCAAAGAAAAUUGGAGCCAACACAGUAUGA